CAGCAACUGAUACCUGCCUUGACUCUGGAUUGCAGUGACUGUGUGAGGUGUUGUGGAUGCAGGGGUUACGCAGCUCUGUGGGAAACAUACCUUAGGUAUCCACUCAGUUUGCCAUGCUGAUUACAUGGUGGUAUUUAUACCUUACAGCUCGGAGCUUCGCCGAUCAAACACUGAGAAUGGCUUCAAUCCUGCAGAAGCUGAUCACCCCACUGUUCAGCGGUACACCAGAUCCCCCCAGGAAUAAAGUGACAGUUGUGGGUGUGGGCCAGGUUGGGAUGGCCUGUGCCGUCAGCAUCCUUCUGAGGGAGCUGGCUGAUGAAUUGGCCCUUGUGGAUGUGGUGGAAGACAAGCUGAAAGGAGAGAUGAUGGAUCUGCAGCAUGGCAGCCUCUUCCUCAAAACCCCCAAAAUAAUUGCAUCUAAAGACUACUCAGUUACAGCUAAUUCCCGCAUCGUUGUGGUGACAGCUGGAGUCCGUCAGCAGGAGGGAGAGAGUAGGCUGAACCUUGUCCAGAGAAAUGUCAACAUCUUUAAGCACAUCAUCCCGCAGGUUGUCAGAUACAGCCCUGACUGCAUCAUCAUCGUUGUUUCCAACCCAGUUGACGUUUUGACCUAUGUGACCUGGAAACUCAGCGGCCUUCCUAAGCACCGCAUCAUUGGCAGUGGCACCAACUUAGACUCUGCACGCUUCCGCUUUCUAAUGGCCGACAAACUGGGGAUCCACCCCAGCAGUUUCAACGGAUGGAUCCUGGGGGAACAUGGAGACACCAGCGUACCUGUAUGGAGCGGAACAAAUGUAGCUGGAGUCAACCUGCAGACAUUAAACCCUGAUAUUGGCACCGACUCUGAUGAAGAGAACUGGAAAGAGACCCACAAAAUGGUUGUGAACAGUGCUUACGAGGUGAUCAAACUGAAGGGUUACACCAACUGGGCCAUCGGUCUGAGUGUGGCUGACCUGACAGAGAGCCUCAUGAGAAACAUGAAUAGGAUUCAUCCUGUCUCCACCAUGGUGAAGGACAUGUAUGGGAUCAGUGAUGAGGUCUACCUCAGUCUGCCCUGCGUGUUGAACAACGGAGGCGUGGCGAGCGUGGUCAACAUGACCCUGACCGACGAUGAGGUGGCCCAGCUGCAAGCCAGUGCCAACACAUUGUGGGACAUCCAGAAGGACCUGCAGGAUCUCUAAACGAACACCAGGGGACGGCAUAGUUGCAUCUUCCUGACUGCCGGUCACUUAGAGUUUCAUCACUCUGCCGUCACCAAACCCAGAAAGCUUCACCUUCUGCACUUUCAACCCACUGCUCUCUGUAGCUUCACAGUGUUGGGAGUUUCAUCCCAUCAAAUUUAGCUGUAGGUGUAAUUGUUGAAGAGACCAAAGUUGACAUAAACUGGAAGAAAUGCUCUGAUUAAUGUGUCCAUGAGUUUGGGACCAUGAGUCACUUAUGUUGCUUUGAUG